AUGGCAGACAAGGUGGUAGACAAAAUGGCGGGCGAGAGUGGUGCUGCUGACCAGUGUGAGGGACUGAGUGGGUCUAGUCACGACUCUAGUGAUGCUGGUGACGAGAAGCCCACCCAGAUGGACCUCCUCAUGUCCCAACUGGCGAGUAUGGCUCAGAAGCAGGAGGAAAGGCACGAGCAAACCGUGGCAACACAAGCUGCCCAAACUGAACGACUGAUGGAAGCCUUGCAAAGCAGCCUAGGUUCUCUGAGGGCUGAAACGCAGGCGUAUACUGAUCGCUCGUGUGAGGCAGUGAAACAGGAGGUAAAAAGUGAACUCCAAGCCUUGCGGGAAGAGGUGGUAGACCUGCGUGAGGGCGCGAGUGUUUGGCGGCAGGGCGCGUGGCCGCCACGUGGCGUCUUGGCGGGAGGUGUACAGCUGCCCGCAACCCCCGCCUGGCCUCCCGUGACUAGCCCAGGACCUGAAGGGAGUGUGGCCUCAGCCCCACCUGCUGUUGGGGGCCUUGGAUGGGGCCCUGUGGGGGAAGCAGGUCCUUGGGAAGCACCCGAGAUGGCCGUUGGGGGCUGGCCGCCCACCCGGGACAGGAGGGGAGGGCUUAGCCUGCCCCCUACACCGCCGGGCUCACCUCCCCGUGCCGCCUCCCCGCCCCCGAGCCCUAAGGCAGCCCGCUCGUCACCUCGUCACGUGAGACGCAAGCCAGCGGAGUACGAUGGUAAGGUCAGCUGGGAGUCUUACGUCGCCCAGUUCGAUAUGCUGGCCUUGGCCCAGGGCUGGGGGGAGGCAGAGAAGGCCCUGCAACUAGCGACAGCGCUGCGAGGCCCGGCGUUGGAAGUGCUGGGUCAUCUCCCUGCCAGCCAGCGCACCUCAUACGCAGCAGUGUCCGAAACUUUGCGGCGACGUUUCGGACACCGUCAUCAGGCGGAGGUAUACCGCGCCCAGCUUAAGAAGAGGACGCGAGAGAAGGACGAAACCCUUUCCCAGCUGGCGCAGGACGUAGAAGGGCUGGUGAGGAGGGCGUAUCCAAGCGCGGCCGAGGACAUGGUCAUUGUUCUGGCGCGCGACGCGUUCGUAGACGCCCUCCAGGACCACCAGCUCCAAAUCUAUGUGAAGCAGGCACACCCAGCUGACGUGCAGGUGGCGUUGGCACGGGCUAUGGAGUUUGAGGCCUUCCUACAGACGACGACCAGCCUCUCUUCUCUUGCCCAGCCUCGCGGUGAGGUACGGGGCCGGAAGGCGAAGGUGGAGCACAAGGCGGCGUCACGGGAGGCGAGCCCGUCCGAGUUCGCCGGCCGCUGUUGGGGCUGCAGCGGGAAACAGCAGCGGGCUGGAGGAGGGGGCGACCUCACAGCCUGCCAAGGUGCCAAUGCCCCGUGCUGUGUAAAGUGCCACCUCACCGUCAGCGCAGUGCAGGUACGAGGUGCGGUUGAUGGAAGGCCUUGCUGCAUGACCAUUGACAGCGGGGCUGAGCGCACCAUCGUGCAGCGGAGGCUGGUAAGUGCUGAGUGGCUCCCGUGCACCGUGGACAGGCUGUGUGGAGUAACGGGGGACUGCAUGCCGUUGCAAGGCCCAGUAGACGUUCGAAUAAGUGUCGGCAGCGCGGAGGUGAACCUGCCCGUGUAUGUUGCCGAGCUGGAGGAAGAGUGUCUGCUGGGUUACGACUACCUGAAGAAGACCAGGGCCUGCGUAGACUUUGGACGGAAGGUGAUAAAGGUAUGUGGAUACGAUGUGCCUUUCCUUCCGGAGGUCGGCCGGUCGGAGGUAGUGACGACACGGCGGAUGCAGUUGGCCCCGCGCUCUGAGUGUCGAGUACAGUGUCGACUCGCACGGCCGAUGCAGAGCACGGAGGGCCUAGUGGAACCAGCCAGCGACUGUCGACUGGCUGACGGAGUGGCAGUCGGAAGGAGCCUCGUGCAAGCGGGGGAGAAGGUAGUCACUGUCUUACUGGCUAACUUCUCCGACGAGGCUCGCAACAUACCCGCCGGAACAGCGGUGGGCGAGUGCGUGGAGGUGCAGCGUGCCGAGGCACCGCCGCAGGGUGAGCGGGCGGCCGAGGGAGCCCCGCUGCCGAGCUUCCUGGAGGAUCUAGCGACCCGGAGCGCUGUCAAUCUGACGGAGGCGCAGACGGAGCUCGUGUGUGACACCCUGGGCCGGUACGCCGAUGUGUUCAGCCAGAGCGCCUCGGACUUGGGUCGCACGUCACUGGUGAAACACACGAUCAACACUGGCACCCACGCACCGGUCAAGAGCCCACCCCGACGCAUCGCACCAGCAAGGCGCGAAGAAAUGCAGCGUGCAGUGAACGACCUGGCCACGCAAGGGGUAAUCGAGCGAUCAGACAGUCCUUGGUCGUCGGCGGUAGUCCUGGUAAAGAAGAAAGAUGGAACGCAGCGCUUCUGUGUGGACUACCGGGCCCUGAACGACGUGACGGUGAAGGACUCUUACCCCCUGCCGAGGAUAGACGACACGCUGGACGCUCUGGUCGGGGCCUGCUGGUUCAGUACACUUGACCUGAAGUCAGGGUACCACCAGGUGGAGAUGGCGGAGGAGGGCAAGCCUAAGACGGCCUUCUCUUUCGGGCAGGGCCUGUGGCAGUUUAACGUCAUGCCAUUUGGCCUCUGCAACGCCCCGGGCUGUUUUGAGCGGCUGAUGGAGCGAGUGCUAGACGGCCUGCAGUGGAAAACGGCACUCGUAUAUCUGGACGACGUGAUAGUCUUCGGGAGCACCUUCGAGCAGGAGCUGGGGAGGCUGGAGGAGGUUCUGCAGCGCCUGAGGAAGGCCAAUCUCAAGCUUAGCCCCAAGAAGUGCCUCCUCUUCCAGCAUGAGGUGCCGUUCCUGGGACAUGUCGUCAGCAGUGGUGGCGUGCGCACCGACCCUGGCAAGGUGGCAGCGGUGGCUGACUGGCCCACUCCCUCCAACGUAGCUGAAGUGAGGAGCUACUUGGGCCUCUGCACGUAUUACCGCCGUUUCGUGCCCAACUUUGCCACCUUAGCUGCUCCUCUUAACCGUCUCACCAAGAAGGGGGCGAGCUUCCGCUGGGAUGAGGCAUGUCAGGCGGCCUUUGACAGCUUGAAGGCGGCGCUUGUGGAGGCGCCCGUCUUGCCUUACCCUGACCCGAAGCUGCCCUACCUGCUUGACACCGACGCCAGUGCCGAGGGCGUCGGGGCUGUGCUGUCGCAGGUAAAGGACGGCAAGGAACACGUAGUGGCUUACUACAGCUGCAAGUUUAGUAAACCAGAGCGCAACUACUGUGUAACCAGGAAAGAGUUGUUGGCCGUAGUGAAAGCGUUCGAACACUUCCACCCCUACCUGUACGGCGCCGAGUUUACCGUCCGUACUGACCAUGCCGCCCUGAAGUGGUUAAAGACGCUUAAGGGGCCGGAGGGACAGUUGGCGAGGUGGUUGGGGCGCAUGGAGCAGUAUAACUACCGGAUCGUUCACCGCCCAGGACGCGUGCACAACAAUGCUGACGCCCUGAGCCGACGCCCGUGUGAGGCUAGUUGCUCACACUGCACCGCCAGGGAGCCCAGCCCGUGUGAGGCGUCCUCACCUGGCGCUCCUGGGGUGUUGGACACAGUGUGCCGCCGUUUACGUGUGCCUGCAAACACCGCCGAGUGCAAUGAGCGGUGGCGUGUGGCGCAGCGCAGUGACCCCGAUCUAGCCCCCGUCGUGCGUUGGCUAGAAGCCAGCGACGAGCGCCCCAGCUGGCAGGUAGUGGCGGCUGAAAGCCCCGCCGCUAAGUGUUUGGUAAGCCAGUGGGAGACGCUAUCAAUUGACGAGAGCGGGGUGUUAGUGAAAAGGUGGGAGGCGGUAGGCGGGAUGGGCAGAGACGCCUGGCUUGUGGUAGUGCCUCGUACUAUGCGGCCGGAACUAUUGAAGGAAGUGCACGCGGGUGUGACGAGUGGCCACGUAGGCGAAAAGCGUACCCUUCAACGCCUCCGCCAGCGGUUCUAUUGGGGAGGAAUGCGCAGUGACGUGACGGAAUGGUGCCGGGCCUGUGACGUGUGCAGCGCUAAAAAGGGCCCAGCGCACCGUAACCGGGCCCCACUGCAGUUGUACAAUGUAGGGGCACCGAUGGAGCGGGUGGCAGUGGACAUUGCCGGCCCGUUUCCCCUCACUCCCCGCGGGAACCGGUACAUUUGUGUAGCCAUGGAUUAUUUCACUAAGUGGCCAGAGGCGUAUGCUAUCCCCAAUCAUGAGGCAGAGACUGUGGCGAGUGUACUAGUCGACCAGUUCUUCUCUAGGUUUGGCGUGCCCGUCGAGCUGCACUCCGAUCAGGGCCGUGAAUUUGAGUCUCGUGUAUUCAGCGAGUGCUGUGACUUGAUGGGGAUUUAUAAGACGCGUACCACCCCGCUCCACCCACAGUCUGACGGCAUGGUUGAACGUUUCAAUAGGACGCUAGUUCAACAGUUGGCCAAGUAUUGUGGGGCGGGGCAGGAGGACUGGGACGUCAAGCUGCCGGCGAUGCUGAUGGCAUACCGUUCCGCCGUCCAUGAAGCCACCGAUCACUCGCCCUCCCAGCUGAUGUUUGGCCGGGAGCUCCGCCUUCCUAUUGACCUGGCCACGGGGCGCCCUCCUGAUGUUGACCUCCCCACAGUCACCUCUGGGUUCGCAGCCGCCCUGCAGGAGCGGUUCGCGGAGGUACACCACCGGGUGAGAGGCAAGUUGAGGGCAGCGAGUCAGGCCAUGAAAGGUCUUUACGACCGGCGAGUGAGGGAGGCGAGUUACGCGGUAGGCGAGAAAGUGUGGCUGCAUAAUCCUCGCCGCCGGCGUGGCCUCUCUCCGAAACUCCAGAGCCCCUGGGAGGGGCCUUACACUGUCAUCGCCGUGAUCUCGGGGGUGACGUACAAAAUCCAGCGUGGACGCCGUCGCCCUUCCAUUGUGCAUGUGGACCGUCUGUGGCGCUAUCACAGUCCUGGGCACUACACUUGGGGCUUCGGGGGAGGUGGCGGCGAUGAUGCCGAUUCUGCUGCCGAGGAAAUCGACGAGUCCCCGGAGACAGCUGUCACCACCCCCAGCGAGCCAGAGGAGGCCGAGGCUGAGGAGUCAGGGGUGGGCGACGGCCGCGACUCAGAGCCAGCAGAGGAACCUCAGCCCACUCGGCCGCGCAGGGACAGACGCCGCCCACGGCGUUAUGAUGAUUUUGUGUUGAUUGACUCUGAGGGAGAGAUAUAAGGAGAGGCAAGGUCGGGUCGACCUUUUUGUAAAGGAGGGGGUGAUGUAACGCCCGGGUAUUAUUGUUGUUUAGUCUAAGUUGCCUUUAUUUCUUUCUGUGGGAUUGAGUGUGUGACGUGCGUGUGUGUGUGUCAGCUGUGCCUGGUGUCUGGCAGUGGUGCAUGGAUGGCGGGAGAGAAGUCGCGUGACUGCAGUGACUGGGCAGUGUGUUGUUGGCCCCGCUCUGGAUAACUUGUCUUUGCGUGUCCUCCGUGCCGAGUGCCUGUUGCGUGAGCCUGAAGAGUUUGACUGUCCCUGCCUGUGUCUGUAACUGCCUGUAACUAACGGAACUAGUAAAGAAAGAAAGUGUUGCCCACUGUUUGUCUACCCGCUCUGUCUGGCUGUGCGUGAAUCACGUGGGACGUGGUACCCUUAGCAUCUCUUGUCUAGCCUGCUGGUGUUCCCGAGUGCUGUCCUGACUGUCGGGGAAUUGUGGGCGUCUACGGGAGUGCUGAGAAUUAUCAACAACAAGCUUUUGACGGCUGAGGAUGAAGCCCGAAUCAACCAGGUACAGGCCAGGUCAUUAGCAGCAGGCAUGGCCGCCGUGCCCCGCCAAGCCCGGGUGUUGAACCUGAGACCAAGCCAGAGUGAGGGCAGUGUCAUUCCUCCUGUCCACUACCCCAACUUCUACUCCCAACACUACCACAGCAAUGAGCGGUCUGGUGUGGUGGCUGAGGAUUCUUUUGAAGAGGACAAUGCUUCUGCUUCAUCUGAGCAGGUCAGAAGGUGGAUACCAGCAGUACUAGUAGCAGACUGGUGUUACCUUGAUCCUACUGCUACAUUGCAUUAUUUGCAUAGUUUUUUCAGUUGUCAUGGACUUUGUGUAAUAUGUAUAAAAGUAUAUGAAGCUCAAGAAACUUGUUGAUAAGGUUUAUGUUCAGCAUACAAAUUGUAGGAUGCAAAGACAAGGAUUGAAAUAUCAUUGCCACAAUUCCUGACAAAGCAUUUGGUGCCACAGAAUAUUCAGCGAUGUAAUGUUUGUUUGGCAAACAAACCAGUUUCCCUGAAUGAUAGCUUUAUUUCUGCAGGUUAAUACAGUCUCUCUAUGGGGGAGAGUUUGGAGACAAAGCCAAGCAUAUAUAUAUAUAUAUAUAUAUAUAUAUAUAUAUAUAUAUAUAUAUAUAUAUAUAUAUAUAUAUAUAUAUAUAUAUAUAUAUAUAUAUAUAUAUAUAUAUAUAUAUAUAUAUAUAUAUAUAUAUAUAUAUAUAUAUAUAUAUAUAUAUAUAUAUAUAUGGUUUGUGAGCCAAGCAUACUGAUCAUUACACUAUCAUGUGUAGUUUUAAUAUGUAAUUUAGAUCAAGGACAGUGCAGUGAGAGAGGAAAAAUUAUUCACUAGAUUUUUUCAGAGAAGUUUUAUGACAUAAAGGAUUAAUUGAACGAUCAGUAUAUAUAUUGGCCCACUAGCUGCAUCUCUUUAACACAGAAAGCUUUCACUAAUUAUCUUGGCCCAAUUCAUUAAGUGCAUCGCUGUUGUGGGAGGGAAGAUAUGCAGUGUUUCCCUGCCAUCUGUGGGAGUUACAUUCCAGAACCUCCUGCAAAUAGUUAAAAUCUGUGAAUAUGGGAAACCAUCCUUAUAAGGAUCAGAACUACCUAUAUUUAUAGUUUAAAUCUUAAACUAUGCAUCUCACAUUUACUAAGCAAUUCACUUUAAGACAAUAAAAAACAGUUAUUAUAUGUAUAGUACAUGAUAUUUUAAUUAAAAAAUACAGUGCACUAUAAAAUAAAAGGGGAAUAAGUUGAUAUGUACAAUAAACCCUUGAUAUAAUGAACUUCUAUUUACCAAAUUUCAGGUAUAACAUCCUAUUUAAGGCUGCUGUCUGCUGCCUCUCUCUCUCUCUCUCUCUCUCUCUCUCUCUCUCUCUCUCUCUCUCUCUCUCUCUCUCUCUCUCUCUCUCUAUACACAUAUAUAGCAAAUUUUCAUCUCAAGUGACCCACUCUCCCCCCAUAUGUGUUCGUUAUAUCUUGGGUUACUGUAAUUUAUAACUGAAAGAAUAAUUUGGGCUCUUUGGGCUGAAAGACUGAGCUGGUGGUGACACCUGGCAACUCUAAAAACUCCCCAUUAGUUAGGUUAGGUUAGGGAAAACUCUGCAAAUAUGCAAAACCAUGAAUAUGUGAGGGAACGCUGAUAUAUGCUAUCUCUUAUUUGUUGUAGAUGUAUUCCAUUCUAUUGGCAUAGAAUGAUAGGAAAAUGGCAUCAAGGAAGUAGGAAUGCCACCAAACUAAGGAAAUAGAGAAGUCAAAAUUUAGUCAUUGCUCUGUUUUGUGAAUUGGUAGAUAUUGUGCCUGGUGGCUCCACUUCACCAUUCCUCAAAUCAGGGCGGUCAAGUUCUCAACUUAAGCCAAAAGUAUUCUAAAAAAGUAGCUUAAGAAAAAUAUGUAUUUAGUACAGUCCAUGUAAUGAAAAGGAACUAAUCAUGAUUAAACAAAGAACUCUAUGUUCUCCUUUAUGAAAGAGUGAGAAAUUCAUAUAUUAUAAAUAUGGGAGGUAUAUAUAUUACAGUCCCUGUAUUGAAGGGGAACUCAUCAUGAUUGAAUGGAUAACUAUGUUCUCUUUUAUGAAAGAGUGAGAAAUUCAUAUAUUAUAAAUAUGGGAGGUAUAUAUAUUACAGUCCCUGUAUUGAAGGGGAAAUCAUCAUGAUUGAAUGGAUAACUAUGUUCUCUUUUAUGAAAGAGUGAGAAAUUCAUAUAUUAUAAAUAUGGGAGGUAUAUAUAUUACAGUCCCUGUAUUGAAGGGGAAAUCAUCAUGAUUGAAUGGAUAACUAUGUUCUCUUUUAUGAAAGAGUGAGAAAUUCAUAUAUUAUAAAUAUGGGAGGUAUAUAUAUUACAGUCCCUGUAUUGAAGGGAAACUCAUCAUGAUUAAAUGGAUACCUAUGUUCUCUUUUAUGAAAGAGUGAGAAAUUAAUUAUGAGCAAAACAAAGUUUACUAUGGAGGUUGUUGUUUCGUUUUGAGGGGCCUGGCUCAGUCUGACCAUAACCCUAUUCAAUCGCUAAUAUCUCCAGAACUAUGUGGCUGAUCGUAACAAAAUUAGCAUCAUAUGAUAGCACACCUCUAUCAAUUUUAUAUGAUAUAGCUUUCAUCUCUUCUAUUGGGUGAAGUUAACUUACUAAAAGUAGAAGGGUGUCAGAAAUGGGAUUUCUCAAAAACUACUCAACCAGUUUUUAUGAAACUUAAGAGGUGUCAUGUUAUAAUUUUAAUAAAAUUCCUUACGUCAACUUUGAAGUAGCACUGUACAUGCACAAAGUCAAAAUUACAACUUUUUAAGUAAUUAACUGAUCAAGCUCAAAUUUUUGUUGGUAAUAAGAGUAAUACAAGUUAUAAUGAAAAAUCAUAUGAAAUUUGCAAUACUACUGUGCAUAUGCAAAAUACAAUACAAAACUUUUUGUAAAGUGACCAUCAGUUUUCUGCAAUUUUCACCAAUUUUCUUUUGCCUCAAUGAGAGCGGAUAGAUACCACUGAACACAAAAUGAAAUUUCCUAUCAAGUGGUAUAUAGCACAACCACUGGGCUCUUGCAGAGUUUUGAGCUAGAGUGAUUUGAAUAUUAGGCAAGUGUGGGGUGCCUGAAGUUGCCUCUCUCUCUCUCUCUCUCUCUCUCUCUUCUUGAAAUACCCCUUCCACUGAUGCAUUACUGACAUCUUUGCUCGUUAAUUGCCUUCCAAGGCAUUUUACUGGUAUAUUAUAACUUUUCUUCAUUAAAUUGUGUAACAUUUGCUGUCUUAGAUAUAAUUUUCUAUCUGUACAACAUCACCUCUCCUCUAGUAAACCUCAUCUUUAUUUAUGAUAUGCAUGUACAGUAUUAUGAAUAAAAUAAUAAAAAAUAAUUAGGUAAAAACCAACUUAAAAUUUACUUGAUGGGUCCUGUUGAUGAUGCUCAUCAAGGCUAGUGUCUUCUGGUAUCAACCCUAAGUCUCUUGAGACCCCCGCCUCAACUUUUUCUUCAUUAAUUUCUGCAACAUUCACAGUCUUAGAUCUAGUUUUCAAUUUCUAGAACACAAUCUCUCCUCUACUAAACCUUAUCUUCUUUUCCUCACUGAAACAUAGGUGUCUGAGGCAACUUACAAUAGCCCCUUUUCCGUUCCCUCCUACUUUCUUUAUUCUCAUUUUCAAUCCAAAGCUGAAUGUUGCGUUUAUGUGCGCAAUGACUUAACCUGCUGUUGUGCCCACACUCUUGAAUAUUCCGAGUUUUUCACCAUCUGGCUACUAUUACAGAGUCACUCUCGAACUAAAUUUAUCUGUGCUGUAUACCUCUCACCUAACUCCUCAGACUAUAAGAAAUUCUUUGACUACUUAACCUCCAAAGUGGAGCACAUUCUGACUCACUUCCCUUUUGCAGAGACCUCCAUUCUUGGAGACUUCAAUGUUCACCACCAGCUUUGGGUUUCCUCUCCCUUCACUGACCAUCAUGGUGAACUAGCCUUCAACUUUGCUAUCCUCCAAUUGGUGCAACACCCUGCUCAUAUCCUUGACCAUUUUAGAGAUGCAUACUAAUCAGUCACUUCCUACACUCAUACCUUAUAUUACUUCCCCCCUGAUCUUACAAAACUAACCCUACAAAACUUUAUCAUCUUUCCUGUACUUUAUUUUUAAACACAUCUAUAUGAUUUCAGUCUCAUAUAUGUAUCAAUUUAUAUCACCUAACCCUAUGUGUCAUCCCAUCCAUCUUCAUACUCAACUUUAUAACAAUAUAGAUAUAUAUUAUUCUGUAUAAACCUUAUCAUAUUAUGUUUUUAUUUAUCUUCAUGAUAGAUUUUUCGAUUUUAAGUUGUCUAUUGUGUUUACUUUAAGUAAUGUACUUUUAAAUUUUUCAUUUGCCUGAAAAGCAUCAAGCUUAUACAUAGGCUGGCCAAUAAUGUAUACCUAUCCAAUAAUGAAAUGUAUAAACCUAGGCUAUAAUAAAGUGUUUAAGUGU